UUCUUGCUAUCAGGGCUGUGCGAGAUCGGAGGAGGGUGGCUGGUGUGGAACAGCAUCAGGGAGGGCAAGCCUGUAUGGCACGGCAUCCUUGGUGGAGUGAUCCUGGCGAUUUAUGGAGUGGUCGCUACCCUACAGCCAGAGGGGCUGGACUUCGGUAGAGUCUACGCCGCCUACGGAGGAUAUUUCAUCCUGCUCUCCCUCCUCUGGGGCGUCUACGUGAUGGACGCCGGGGACUUCGUGGGAAGUGCCAUGGCUAUCGCUGGAGCACUUAUCAUAGUGUUCUGGAAGAGAUGA